ACUUAUCAUCAGCUGUUUUCUUCAGCAACUGGGCAACACUGUAGAAUUCAUGUAACCAAAAAAUAAUAAAAUUAUAUUUUUUCCUGCGGAUACAAUAAAUAUAUAUUCGGGUCGAAAGGUAUCAAAAUGCGUGUGCCAACUGCCGUCUUCGCAUACAAAAAUCGCGACGCCCGCGCGCCUCAGAAAGAACACACCGUGCCUUUUCAAGAGAUACUACCACUUCGACUAAAGAAUAGGGUAAGUGGUAAGUCGGAUUCUUCAUCGGAUGUGGCGUGCUUACAAGAAAUGGGAGUCCUUUUUGCAUGUCUUAAGGAUAAUGAGUUUGUGGAGAAGUACUGUAAUAAGGAAAUUCAACAGUUUCAAAAAUGUUACAAAUUUUUUGCGGAUUCGAAAUUCGAGGCUAAGAAAACUAUAAACCAAGGUAUAAUAACGCCAGGAAAAAAUCUGAACUACAAACAGCUCAACAAGUAUAUGAGACGCUUUCCUAAUCCUCAAUAGUUUUAUUUAUUUUAUUGUAUGUUCUAUUUUAGAAAACAAUAAAGCCACAAAAUUAUCCUUUAA